GCCCACGCCUGGCACAGGUGUGAGCCCCCCAAGCCGUCUGUCCGUCCGUCCCUCUGUCCCUCCGUCCUUCUGUCCUCGCAGAGGAGUCCUCGCGUGGUGAGUAUGCGAAACAAAAAGCUUUUGAAAACAAAGCGAAGGAGGGGAGGAAGAGGAAGCCAGGAUCCAGGCCUCCACAGGAGCGACCAUACACGCGGGAGGUCUCCUCCUGCCAGAGCCGUCAACCUGGGGCCGGAUUGCCCACCUCCUCCUCCUCCACCGCCCCCAAACGACCAGAACAAGCCCUCCUCCUCCUGCAAUUCCUCAUCCUCAUCUUCCUCAUCAUCAUCCUCCUCACAAGGUGGGCAACGGGCCCAAUAUUCCCAUCUGGACUGUAGACAAGACAAUCUCUCUGAGGAAAUCAACAACCUAAGAGAAAAGGUCAUGAAGCAGUCUGAGGAGAACAACAACCUGCAGAAUCAGGUGCAGAAGCUCACAGAGGAGAACUCCUCCCUUCGAGAGCAGGUAGAGCCCCCUCCUGAGGAAGAAGAGGAGGAUGACAUCGAGCUCUGUGGUGCUGCAGCUGCUGCUGCCCCACCAACUCCCCUCGAGGAAGAGUGUCCAGAUGACCUUCCAGAGAAGUUUGAUGGCAACCCAGACAUGCUGGUUCCUUUUAUGUCCCAGUGCCAGCUAUUCAUGGAAAAAAGCACCAGAGAUUUCUCAGUUGACAGGGUUCGUGUCUGCUUCGUUACCAGCAUGAUGACUGGCCGCGCUGCCCGCUGGGCCUCUGCAAAGCUGGAGCGGUCCCACUACCUGAUGCAUAAUUACCCAGCCUUCAUGACCGAAAUGAAGCAUGUCUUUGAAGACCCUCAGAGACGAGAGGCUGCCAAACGCAAGAUCAGACGACUGCGUCAAGGCAUGGGGUCAGUCGUCGAUUAUUCCAAUGCUUUCCAGAUGAUUGCACAGGACCUGGAUUGGAAUGAACCUGCUCUGAUUGACCAGUACCACGAGGGCCUCAGUGACCAGAUUCAAGCAGAGCUCUCUCAGCUGGAAGUUGCCAAGUCACUGUCUGCGCUCAUCGGCCAGUGCAUCCACAUUGAGAGAAGGCUAGCCAGAGCUGCUGCAACUCGUAAGCCACGCUCCCCACCCCAAGCACUGGUGUUGCCUCAUGCCUCAAGCCAGCAGCAGAUUGAUCCAACUGAGCCUGUGGGAGGUGCCCGCAUGCGGCUGACCCAGGAAGAAAAAGAAAGACGCCGAAAGCUGAACCUUUGCCUCUACUGUGGGAAUGGAGGUCACUAUGCCGACAAUUGUCCUGCCAAGGCUUCAAAGGCUUCACGCGGGAAACUCCCCGGCCCCGCUGUAGAGGGACCUUCAGCGACCGGGCCAGAAAUAAUAAGGUCCCCACAAGAUGAUGUCUCAUCUCCGCAUUUGCAAGUUAUGCUCCAGAUUCAUCUUCCUGGCAGACACACGCUGUUUGUCCGAGCCAUGAUUGAUUCUGGUGCUUCUGGCAACUUCAUCGAUCAUGAAUACGUUGCCCAAAAUGGAAUUCCUCUAAGAGUCAAGGACUGGCCAAUACUCGUUGAAGCAAUUGAUGGUCGUCCAAUAGCAUCAGGCCCAGUUGUCCACGAAACACAUGACCUGAUAGUUGACCUGGGAGACCACCGUGAAGUGCUGUCAUUCGAUGUGACACAGUCUCCCUUCUUUCCUGUUGUCCUCGGAGUGCGUUGGCUGAGCACACAUGAUCCUAACAUCACAUGGAGCAGCCGCUCAAUUAUCUUCGAUUCUGAUUACUGCCGAUACCAUUGUCGGAUGUAUUCGCCGAUACCACCACCAUUCCCAGCACAACCUUCAUUUUAUUACCCAUUCGAUGGAUACAGAGUUUACCAGCCAAUGAGGUACUACUAUGUACAGAAUGUGUACACUCCAGUAGAUGAACACAUCUACCCAGAUCACCGCCUGAUUGACCCCACCAUAGAAAUGAUACCUGGAGCACACAGCAUUCCCAGUGGGCACGUGUACUCACUGUCGGAAUCUGAAAUGGCAGCACUUCGAGAUUUUGUGGCCAGAAAUGUGAAAGAUGGGCUGAUUACUCCAACAAUUGCACCUAAUGGAGCCCAAGUUCUCCAGGUAAAGAGAGGGUGGAAACUACAAGUUUCUUACGAUUGCCGAGCUCCCAACAACUUCACGAUCCAGAAUCAGUAUCCACGACUCUCUAUUCCAAAUUUAGAUGACCAAGCUCACCUUGCAACAUAUGCUGAAUAUGUACCUCAAAUACCUGGAUUCCACUCGUACCCUGCUUAUGCCACAUACCCGACCUACCCAGUAGGAUUCGCCUGGUACCCUGUGGGACGAGAUGGACAUGGCCGAUCACUCUAUGUUCCCGUGAUGAUCACUUGGAAUCCUCAUUGGUACCGCCAGCCUCCUGUACCCCAGUAUCCACCUCCACAGCCACCGCCGCCACCGCCACCACCUCCUCCGCCACCGUCCUACAGCACCAUGUAAACUUAUUUCAUGUUUUUCAGGAUCUCUACCCUCAAAAUUGAUUCCUGUGCAGCUACCCCAUCAGUGACUACAAAACUAACUGGUUUCUGUGUCUUUAGGCCAACCUCAGGCAUGUCCUAAGAUGUCGGUCACAGAAGGCCAGGACCACUCUACACUGGUACACAUCCUAAAAAGACCAAAAGUU